AUGUGGUUAAACGGUCACGUGGAAGUGGAUCAGGCUUGUAUGUGCGCCGUACUAGUGCUGCAACCCGACAAAGACAUUUCGCAAAAUUUCAUUUCUAACAAUCGAUCCUUAUAUCUCCCCUAUAUCUCAUCUGAGAUCAAAUUUCAAAUCAUUGUGACAAUGUCUGAUUCUGGGAAACAGUGUUUUGGCACUGAUUGCAACAAUGAAGCUGGGUCGCUGCAAUGCCCGACAUGUUUGAAGUUGGGUGUCAAAGGUAGCUACUUCUGCAAUCAAGACUGCUUCAAGAGGAGUUGGACCACACACAAGGUGGUGCACAAGACACAAAAAGCUAGCCAAGUUUAUGACCCCUUUCCAGCAUACCCAUACACUGGUUCUGUCAGAGCUGUAUAUCCACUCUCUCCGCGACGACCUGUCCCCCAAACAAUCAAUCAUCCCGACUGGGCCGUGACUGGCAUCCCAAAGCGUGAGAUGCGCUUGAGCAGGUCAAAAUGGGACCUCUUGGAUGCAAAGGGCCAGGAAGCCAUGCGCAAGGUGUGCAGGCUGGCUCGUGAAGUACUCGACAUAACUGCUGCGGCUAUAAAGCCUGGCGUGACCACAGAUUAUCUGGAUGAGAUCUGCCACAAUGCUUGCGUCGAGCGAAAAUCAUAUCCUUCUCCGCUGAACUACAACCACUUUCCCAAGUCGUUGUGUACAUCUCCGAAUGAGGUUGUAUGUCAUGGAAUCCCAGACCAACGUGUCCUUCUUGAUGGGGACAUUCUUAACCUUGAUAUUUCUCUGUACCAUGGUGGAUAUCAUGCCGAUGUGAAUGAGACUUACUAUGUCGGUGACAAGGCUAAAGCGGAUCCGGACUCGGUCAGACUUAUCGAAACAACGCGGGAGGCUUUGGACAUGGCUAUCGAGAUAAUCAAACCAGGUGUCCCGAUUCGAGAGUUUGGUAAGAUUAUUGAGAAGCACGCAGCCUCUAGGGGCCUUGUCGUCAUCAAGACUUGGGGCGGCCACGGUAUCAACUCCGAAUUUCACCCUCCUCCUUGGAUCCCCCACUACGCGAAGAACAAGGCUGUAGGAACAUGUAAGCCUGGCAUGACAUUUACGAUUGAGCCCAUCCUGGCUUUGGGCGGCAACCGAGAGGUGUAUUGGCCAGACGAUUGGACAAACGUUACAGUGGAUGGCAAACGGACGGCACAGUUCGAACAUACUAUGCUUGUUACAGAAACAGGUGUCGAGGUUUUAACGGCGAGAAUGGAGAACUCUCCAGGAGGGCCGAUCCCUAUCCCGGAGGAUGCAAACGGAGAUACGAAUGGAAAAGUAAAUGGGUAA